AGAAUUUUGCAGGAACAGUGAACAGAUCUACUCGUGUAAGUCAGCGUUUGUGUUCGUCCGAAGUUCUAGCCGGAGUAAGCUAUGGCGCAAGUUUUGAAGAGGUUCAAGCCGUUGUUCGAUCGCGUUCUCAUCCAGAAAGCAGUCGCGGAAACGAAGUCGAAAGGAGGUAUCGUUAUUCCAGAGAAAGCACUCGGGAAAGUCAUUCACGGCACGGUUGUUGCUGUUGGACCGGGUCAUAGAACAGAAGACGGAAGUUUCAUUCAACCGUCGGUGAACGUUGGAGACGAUGUUCUUCUGCCGGAAUACGGCGGAAUGAAGGUGAACUUUGAGAAUGAAGAGUUUUUCUUGUACCGGGACAGCGAAUUGUUGGGAAAAUUCGACAAGUGAUUGAGGUUGUCGUACUGAAGAAGUAGUUGAUCUUCUGUAGUUGGUCGGGACCUUUGAAUUGUGGAAUAAGGAUGUUGGGUGCGGAACCAUGCGAAGUCCUGACCACGAGAUACUGAUGCGUUGAUGGAUUUGGUUCCAUGUUUGCUACUUGUGAAUGAAAGUUUCCCAUGUUUUCGCUGGUUUUGUCAGGAUUUUUGGACGACCGGUUCUUUGAGAUUCAACUGCAUUUUCCAGAGUAA